AUGGUGAUCAUUAUCGUCUAUCAUCUUUACAGAAAUAAUAAUUUCGAAAAUGCAGUCUAUGCAGAGUUGCAGUGUAAAUUCCACGGGAAGACAGGAGGACAAGGAGUAGGAGGGGGUGCGGUUGGUUUAGUCCGUCAAGGAUCCAUAAUGACUCCAGUAAUAGAUAGGUACAUCGGUAUGGACAGACGUGAACGUUCAGGCAGAGAUCAAAUAAUUAAACCGUAUUAUUAUACCAGGGCUUUCAAAAAGAAGUUCAAGAUUUUGAACUUUCAAAACAAAUGGGGUGGACAUACUAGAAAAUAUUCAAGUGACGCUUCCGCUUCAACACGUCAAAUAGCUAGGGUGGCCAUUGCGGCAGUACUGUUGGCGUUGAGUGGAAUAUCCUCAAAAACUAAUCUAAAGACUGUAUUAGAGCAUCUUCAGCAGUCCACUUUAUCUCCACUUUUACAUUAA